UGGAGUCAAACUGGAUGGCCAGUGAAGGUCUGACCUCCGUGCUGAAAGGAGGCGCUGGUGGGAGCUUCAACAUUCAUCACUUUCCCCCUCUUGACGCUACAACAGAGCCACGAUGGAGGACGCGGAGAAGACCACCACUCCCACAAACGUUAAAGGGCAGAGCAAUCCAGCCUUUGUCGGGGAUGACCCAUGCUGCACAGAUACAGUCAAGUCAGAGCUCACCUUGGCCUCGACAAAGAAGGAGCUGACCAAGGACGAAAAGUUAGAGAAGUUCCGAAUUUUGAAGAAUGUGAUAAUCAUCUCCAUCGCUUUCAUGUUCCUCUUCACCUCCUUCAACUCCAUGGCCAAUCUGCAGUCCUCCAUCAACAAAGUGGAGGGCACGUCGGCACUGUCCACCUUGUACACAGCGCUGGUGUUGUCGUGUGCCUUCCUGCCCACCUGGAUGAUCAAGACCAUCAAGACUAAAUGGACGCUGUGCUUUUCUAUGCUCUGUUACUCCACCUACAUCGCCGCACAGUUCUAUCCGCGGGUGUGGACGCUGGUGCCCACUUCCAUCAUCCUUGGCCUGGGAGCGGCGCCUAUGUGGUCUGCCAAGUGUACCUAUCUCACGCAGGUCGGGUCUCGGUACGCAGAUAUCGUGGGAGAGAAUUCCGAAGUGGUGAUUGUGCGUUUUUUCGGUAUUUUUUUCCUCUUCUUCCAGUCGACGCAAGUGUGGGGGAAUCUUAUCGCGUCUGCCGUGUUGUCCCAAGGAAUAAUGGAGGUGGAGGAUGUGGACGAGGAGGCGCUGCAAUUAUGUGGCGUGAAUUUCUGUCCUCACACUACCUCCUCCAGCUCCUCUAACCUCACCAACCUUGCCAAGCCUCCCAUGUCAAAGAUCUACACCAUGGCUACAAUCUACCUCGUCUGCUCCAUCAUCUCCUCCGUCAUCAUCGCCCUGCUGGUGGAUCCUCUAACCAGGUUCGGCGAAAACGAGCGGACGGGAUCAGCUGCAGGUAAAAGUGGAAAGGAGCUUCUCAUCGCUUCCUUUAACCACAUGCGUCAUCCGUACCAGCUGCUCGUCAUUCCUCUCACCAUGUGGUCUGGCGUGGAGCAAGCUUUCCUCGGCGCCGAUUAUACCGCAGCCUACGUGUCGUGCGGCCUCGGUGUGCACAUGGUGGGCUACGUAAUGAUCUGUUAUGGAGUGUGUGACGCCAUCUGCUCCAUCACCUUCAGCCCGCUGGUGAAGAUGGUGGGUCGUGUGCCUAUUUUCACUAUGGGGGCACUCAUAAACCUUGGCAUCAUCAUCACUUUGCGCCACUGGACGCCGCAUCCUGAUGACGUGGUGCUCUUCUUCGUGAUGGCGGGGUUGUGGGGCGUGUCGGACGCUGUGUGGCAGACGCAGAUCAACGCGUUCUAUGGCGUGAUCUUCCCCGGGGAGUCCGAGGCGGCCUUCAGCAACUAUCGUCUGUGGGAGUCAUUGGGAUACAUCUUCACGUACGUUGGCAGCGCUACCUCGUGUGUUAGCACAAAGUUGAACAAUGUGUUAGUAUCUCUUGUCUUUGGUAUAAUCGGCUACUACAUCAUCGAGGUGCUGGAGCGCCGAGGAGGACUGAAGAAGGACGAGAAAGGUGAAGUGGUGCCCAUUGACGUCCUGGUCAAGGAGAAGCUAUUCAACACGAAGAGUCAGUGACCUUCGAUAAUCCUGCUGAAAACAACUACUUGACAUUCCAAUAAGGUUGUGUUUGUAGGAAUUACAAAACCCUUGUCAAAAACGAUGAAGCAUUGAAGUAUUAAUGUGUUGUCCAAUUUUUACAAAAAGACUAACUGUGUUACAACAGACUGCCGUGACUCGGUGGCCGCGUUGCUUGUCUCUCAGGACCAGACACGGAGCAUCACCGCGAGUUGUGUGCUUCUGUACAGCGGAAUGAAACUAUACUACACAUAAAAAGUGUCAGAGCAGUGUGUUAUACUUAACAUUUGCACUGGCUGCGAUCUCGUAUUAGAUAAUGGCAGCAUUGAUGUGAUAAAGUGUGGUGACUGUGCGUCAUUACCGAUUGCUGAAUGUAAUUACGGUCGAUGUAAUGUUGUACCUAUAUUUCACCUGGUUGUGAUUUUUAGCCAUCAUGUUUAUAUGUAUAAAAUGUUAAAUGUAACAAA